UAUUGCAUGUAUCUAAGUUCUUCAAAUCUUUCCUAAUACAUGUUUACGGAUUUAUUCAUCCUCUACGACUCAUGGAACGAUGAAUAAAAACAGAUAUUCUCAGCCAGAGAUUUUCAUAUUCAUUUUCUCUACUAUUGCGGCUCCCGUUUUAAUUUCAGCUGAAAAUUCAACACAUUUUUCCAUACUAAUUCCUGAUGUGAAAGUAAACUUUUAUUCCAUUCCUUCAGCAAAUGAACAGCCUGUUAAAGAUUUGGAAGUCCACGAUUCAUUGAAACGAAAUGCUACGAAAAAGGAGUCAGAUGAGUCCCGGAAUUUUAAUGCUAAUAUACCAGAGGAUCCUCAUUAUUGUCAAAAUGACCAAACCAUACCUUGUAAUCCUCUUGAUCGAUACAGAACGAUUGAUGGAAGUUGCAACAAUAUAAAUCAUCCGACAUGGGGUAUAGUCAAUGAAUGCUACAUGAGGUAUCUACCAGCAGCUUAUGAAGGUUUUGAAGACUUUCAAAAAUCUAAGAAUGGAGAUCCUUUGCCUCCCGUUAGAGACUUAACUGUGAAUAUUUUCAAAGAUGUUCACCGACCAUCUCCGAACAUAUCCUUCAUGUUCACAAUUUAUGGCCAAACUGUGGCCCAUGAUGUAUCUCUAUCUGAAAAUAAAAAUAUACUUGAAAAGUGCUGUGGAGAUUCGCCUGGUCAUGAAUAUUGCAUUCACAUUUCAAUAAGAGCAAAUGACUCGUUCUAUUCUCCAUUCAAUGUCACGUGUAUGGAACUGCACAGAACUCUAUCCUGUGAAUUCUGCAAUACCACAAAGAGACAACAGGUUAAUGGAGUAACAGCUGCUUUGGAUGCAUCGAUGGUGUAUGGUACAAAUAAUAAAAGAAUGAUGGAUGUACGAGCCAAUGAUGGAACAGGGAAAAUGGCCGUAUCUUCAACUGAGUAUGGUGAUGAUCUUCUGCCCGAAGAUAACGGUCGUUACGGUAUUUUCUGCCGCCAAAAGAAGCUUUUGACUUGUUUUAUGACAGGAGAUGUACGGGUGAAUCAGCAUUUUUAUCUUACUGGCAUUUCCACAUAUUAUAUGAGGGAACACAACAGAAUAGCUACAAUUCUCAAGAAAAUGAAUCCUCAUUGGGAGGAAGAGAGGCUGUAUCAAGAAGCCAGGAGAAUCAACACUGCAACUUUACAAUGCAUCACUUACAAAGAAUACUUACCGGUGCUCCUUGGACCGUACAUUAUGGAUCAAUUUAAUUUGACGAUCAAAAAUGGAUCACAUGGGACAAAUUACAACUCUAGCUUACGACUUGGAGUCAGUAACGAAUUCUCAACCGCAGCCUUCCGACUGCACAGCAUGGUACCUAAAUUCAUGGAUGGACAGCAUUCGAGGUUUAAAGAUUAUUACUCAAAUCCAGAAUUACUUCAAAAGGGAAACAUGGAAGAAAUAAUGCAAGGAAGCUACAAAGUGCCAUCCGAGGAAUAUGAUCAUUAUUAUGUGGAUGAUGUGACUAAUUACAUGGCUAAGCGGCGUGGAGUACCUUAUGGUCUCGAUUUAGGUUCCCUCGAUAUUCAAAGAGGAAGAGAUCACGGCAUAGCUCCUUACGUGGUCAUGGUGAGAUUCUGCUCUGAAGGACGAGUUGUCAUUACGACCUUUGAUGACCUUGCGCCUUUGCUGAUGACAGAGGAAAAUGCAGAAAUGUUGAAAGAAAACUAUAACGCAGUGGAGGACAUCGACUUAUUUGUCGGAAUACAAAUAGAAAAACUCUUUCCUGGAGCAGCGGUGGGUCCAACGGCUGCGUGUGUCAUCGCUAUGCAGUUUUAUUCUAACAAGUUUGGGGACCGAUUUUUCUUUGAACAUAAAGGCGAAGUACCCUCCUUCACUGCAGCUCAGAGGAACUCUCUCAAGCAGUGCUCUUUAUCUCGAAUUUUAUGUGAUAAUUCUGAUGUGAGAUAUAUACCAAAGAAUGCUAUGCUUCUUCCUAGCAUCACAAAUCCUGAAGUGCCAUGUGAAGAAAUUCCAGAAAUUGAUCUUUCACUCUGGGCAGAACGUCCAUCACUGUCUUAAUUCGUAACUGUCAUCCAAUUUUUUUCAUUAUUAUUUUAUUAGUUAGUGAGAAAUAUUGAGAUACUUUCAUGCUGUAACUAUUUUUAUAAACCUUGUUUCGUCAAUCAUGUAUUAUUAAAAAAUGUUCAGCUUUCCAUCAUAACAAUAUUUUUUGAAUA